GAUUAAGACACAAAAGAGAAAGAUUUAGAAUAAAUAAACACAUAAAUGUUUAGAAUUCUAGUUGAAAUUUUUGACGGAAGAAAAAGUAAUAUUAGUUGUAAAAUCUUUUUGUGACCUGUUAAGAAUUUGAGAAUUAUAAAAUUCCUCGCAAGCGUUAUAUCGUAUAGAUGAGAUUACUACUAUUCUAUUAAAUCAUACUAAACUAAUUAUACCAUUCUACUUCCAAUUCAAUUUGAUGUAAAUAAUAGUGUCUUUUACUUCGAAUAAUGUUUCAAGAAUGAAUAGAAUUUUGAGAAUUUUGAGAAUUUUAGGGAGGGCAGGGUGUAAGAACUUUUGGUAACUGAUAAACAAAAACUGAAUCAAAAUUAUUAUGUGUUUAUAAAAGAAAUAAAGAGGAAAAAUAUUAUUUAUUUAUUUAUUUAUUUAUUUAUUUAUUUAUUUAUUUAAUUUAAUCAUUAUUAUUCCACAAAUACGUUUCACGAUUUGUGUCGUUUUCAUUGUGAUCUCAAUUCGAAAACAUUCCCUUCUUUGAGAAACCAAUUUCAUUGUAUUGGCAAUCAAAGUAUAAACAUAUGAAUGUAAGGAAUUAUCCUUAUUCCUGUCAAUUUGACAGUUUAAUUUUCUUUUAGUUCAUGUUACUUUAAUUUCAGUUUUGUUCAGUUUGUUUUAAAGAAAUGUGUUUAUCAUGGUAUCUGGGGAGGAUUGUACUUAUAAUGACACAACAGAAGCUUCUAAUAUAACAUCUUUGCAAUCGGAUAAUAGUUGCGUAGUUAAUACCAAUUUCAAGGAAGCUGAAUUUGUAAAGAAAGAGGAUAAUACUUUUGAACAAUUUAGUCAUAAAGAUUGUAAAUGUUACGGGAUACAUUCACCACUGAACCAUGGAGUAGUUUCAGAACAUUGUGGAAGACCCAACACAGUACAGGAAUUACCUAAGGAUUUACAGAAAAACCAAUGUACAAUGAAACAAAUUCAAUCUACUGCACCGUGUUUAUGCCGUACCCAUAAAAUCAAUGCCUAUACUUUACCCUUAAAACACAAAAAUGGUCCACAUUCACGACCAUUUUGGUGUCGUUUUAAGUGGAAAUGGCCAAAGAAAACCUAUUUAGAAAAAAAAGAUGCAAUGUACGAGGUAAACUUAAGAUCAUCAAAGUGUGCUCAUUAUAACAAGCCCUUUAUGUACUGUGAAAUAUCAGAAGGGAUACCUAAUAAAAGAAAACAGAAUCCUCCUAAAGUAGUAAAACCAGAAGAAAAAGAAAAAGGGAAAGAGAUAAAAGUGACUGAAAAAAUUGAAAUCUAUUACUUUGAUCACGGGAAUUCUGCGUACUAUCGUACCACGGAUUCACCACCGAUACUGGCAACUGAAAAAUGUGCCGAGAAGACUGAUCAGGCAGCAACACGCUUCUGGGCUGAAAUAUUUGGAACAAUUCAUAUAGGCACCGCUUUCGUAACAGCAUUUAUUUUACAAUUCCUCCGAUUCAUACUUUACAGCGUAAUCAGACCCCUGACUGUGGGCAUCUUGCAACUGUUGGCAGAUUACUUCAUAAAGCCUCUUCUGUCCAUCAUAUUCAAUGCAUUGAUACAACCAGUACUGAUACUGUUAUACAACAUUGCAACCUCUUUAAGGGAUCUUUGCGAACCUAUCGCAGAGGCCAUGGGUCUGUUCUUACGCGAACUUGCUAAUGUCUGUGCGGCAAUUAGAAUUGUGGAAGUUAAACAGGGCACUGCUCCUUCAGCUGUUUGCACUUGAUCGGAUUUAGAAGGAUGGAACAAGGUUGAACGAUGUACCUUUAUAUUGGUUAGACAGAUGAAAUCAUUGCAUUCUUCAUGGUCCAAGCUUAUCCUCUGGAUGCUUCUUAAUAAUAAGAAUAAUUCUUAUUAUAAAACUACA